UCAUCAUAUUCUUCAUCUUCUUCUUCUUCUUUAAACCCGCUAUCUCCUUUCUGGAACAAGGUGAUGCGCCGAAUUUUUCACUAAACGUGUCCGGUGAUGGUGGAGAUGUGCAUCGUCGGUAAGCGAUCUAUGUUUUCUUGCCGCCAAGCGCUACGAAAGAUCAGUGGCGGACAACACAACAGACAGAAAACCACGCCAUUUUUCACUCAUGUUGGCGGCCCAGCCAGACUCCACCCACUUGCGCAAGCGCUUCAGCCCCUCGAUAUAAAACCGCGUGGUGUCGCGGCGAACCCCCGCUCUCGUCGUUGAGCUCUGUUGCCCGUUGUUAGUGGCAGUGAACUUUAUUUUACGUCUUCGCCCGUGUUUCCACUGUGCUGCCGAGUCUGUUUACCACUGGACACGCGUCAUCGAAUUUUCUCUGAUUUUCUUUGUUGGACACGCGUCGGGUCCGUACGCGGCAGUUGAUCCUUUUGGACUAGCUGCAUCAGUCUUGGUAAGAACCAGCUAUUGUGUGUAUCUACCAUCCAGUUCAUUGCGACUUCUCUUGCUAGGUUCCCGGAUCCCCACGGCACUGCUGUGUCAAUUCGCCGUGGCCGUGCUAGAUUUCGUGCCACGCUCUUUUUGUUCAGAAGUGCCACGCGACACUCCUUCCGUGCCUGGGUGUACCCACCGGCCCUGCUUGGAACUCGUGCUGCACCUCGUGCCUGUGCCCCUAACGUUCUCCUCCUACUUUGACAGUCGUCCCAAACCUUCUCCGUCUCCUACUUCGACAGUCGUCGUCAUAAUAACGCAACCACUGUGUGCCGUUUUGUGUUCUCGUCCUCUAGCUACAACUACUUUUCGGACACUAACAAGAAACGCCUUUCCAAUCGCCUCUAUACCACCUCCACUGCACUGCCCUCUACCACUGCUCUGCUGACUGUCAGUCACUGCCACCCGGGCUUCUUCGUUUGAGAUAAGUUAAAAAUGCCUUACCGCUGGAAACGAAAAAGGAGGGCAUAUUUUAACAACUAUUAUGUGCAAAAUUCACAGAAUAUGAAGGCUAGAGGUAGAUCCCUUUAUUGGUCAGACUCUGAUAAGAUAAAGGCGGUGGCUAGGACCUCCUAUCAGGCUGAUCCUAAAAGGAAGAAGGCAGCUGUUAGGGCCUUAUAUUGUGCUGAUCCUGAUAAAAAGAAGGCAGCUGUUAGGGCCUUAUAUUGUGCUGAUCCUGAUAAAAAGAAGGCAGCUGUUAGGGCCUCAUAUAGUGCUGAUCCUGAUAAAAAGAAGGCUGUUGUUAGAGCCUCAUAUCAUGGAAACCCUGCAAAAAAGCGUGCAGCUACCCAGGCAGCUUAUAAAGCUAACCCAGAAAAAAUGAAGGCAUUGUUUCGGGAGUAUCAUGCCUCACACCGCAGUGCCAGGCUAAGGUAUUUCAGGAAGUAUCACAGCUACACCAAACUAAAGAGAGUGACAAAAAGGCUAGAUACAGUUUGGCGCAGCCUAACCAACUGAUGAUUGAACAGUGUUAUAGGAGUGUUAACGCCAACCUGCUAGCUGACGGUAAGGUUUUGUUGAAACUCAAGGAAGAGUUCAAGUCCCUGCAUGCUGGUGUAGCAGAUACACUGAGUAAGGCAGAGUUGGAAAAGACAGUGGGUAGACUUGCAGUUAAAAGACUGGUUUGCAAAGCCUUACAAAUACGCAGGAAACAUGCAGGGUUUUUGCUGGCCAGCGUUAAGCUGAUUAAGUCUAUUACACUUAAAGAACACAUUGACUUUGGAAAAGGCUGCCACACUAGUAUGACAGAGCCUUACUUUUAUGAGGCAGCCUACCUGCAUGUUAGAGAGUCCCCAAUCCCUGUUAAUGAGAAGGGGGAGGGCAUUGUUGCUAAAGAAGUGCCUAUGGAGGCUGGCAGUAAGAAUGAAGAAGGUAAAGAUGCUGCCUCCAACAGUAACCUUUCUCAGGCUGGGAGUGUGGGUUGUGUUUCAGAUGGGAAAGUUUCUGACAAGGGACCUGCCCAGUCUAAGAUGUGGGAGUGCUCAAAGCAGUGCAAACCACUAAGUGAAUUUGAGGUCAAUGCCAUUGUUUGUUUUAGGACAGCUUUUGAGCAGCCUGUUGAGAAAGUGAGGCAGGCCCUGGCUGAAUGUGAUAUGGGUUGCCCCUAUGGUCACUACACCAAAUUAGUGGGUUCUCUGCCUGUGGACCUUAAAGGACACCCCAUUGUUUGUUACUCUGGUGACUACUGUACUAGUACCCUGAGAAUACUCAGAGCAGCUUCCACUCAUUUCCCUGUUUUGAGGAGGUUUUUGGCCCAUGUGACUUCUGCUCUGAGUGCUCACAGGAUUGUGUACGAUAUUGACAACGCUUUGAAGAAUGGUAACCACCAGAGAUUGCUACAAAUCACACAGGUUGAGUCCCUUCUGAGUUGUAAUGUAGAACAGAACUAUCAAAAGCUCACUCCUGUUGAUAGCUCAGCUCUUAGGAGGCCUAAUAUAGAGAUGGAACUAGCUAUUGCUCAUGCAGCUUCGAUUGCUGGGUUUGAGAAGGAAAUUGAUGACUUCCCAGAGCAUGCAUGCAUUUGCUGUGAGCGUCUGCAUCAGAGAAAGUCAGUGUCUGUUGUUAGUCUCUCUGAUGACUUUAACUCUGAGAUAUGGCAUCAAUUAAAGGCACAUAUUUUGAAGUAUCCUCCAACUGUUGCAGGUCAAGUGUUAUACAUUUGCUAUUACUGCAAGCGCAGGGUGAGAGCUGGGAUAAUGCCUGCACGUUGUGUCCUCAAUGGUCUGCAGACUGUUCCCAUUCCCCCAGAACUGGCUGCAUUAGACCUACUUAGUAGACAGCUUAUCCAGAGGGCCAAGUGCUAUCAGACUGUUGUGAGAUUAGGUACUUACACUGGUAAAGUGCCCAGAUACAAUUCCCUGCAGGCCUGCAAAGGCACAAUGUUUUUCCUUCCCUUACCACUAAACAAGACCACAGAAACCUUAAACAAGGUUCAAGAGCAUACCUCUCUCCUACCAGACCCAGAGUUGUACAUUAUUGUCAAUGGUAGGCCAACCAAGAGUAAUGUUGUGUGGCGUAGUUUGGUGGAUGUGAACCAUGUUAAGACUGCAAUAACAAAGUUGAGGUCCUGUAAC